AUGGAGCACCUGCACAAUUACAACGACAACUUCUACUAUCAUCUGGAGGACUAUGAGGAGGACAGUGAUCCACACCCUGAACAGGAGGGAGCAGCCGAGGAAGGUGGCAGGGUCUAUGAAGGAGCUCUAAGCCUGGACGACAGUGAGAACCAACAGGGCAACCUCAACCAGGGAGGCCACAUGAGCCCUUACAACAGCCUGGGUCCUGAAGGUGACCACAGCAGCCAGGUUCCGAAGGAGGCGGACCCAGAGGAGCCAGCCAUGGUUUAUUGGGAAGCCUUUCACAAUGACCCAGGAGACAAGGAGAAGAGGAAGGACAGUUGCAGCUGCUUCUUGGUGACUAUUCCCAGCAAGGAGACUCGUGAGGGUUACUGCCACAGUUUCAACAGGAUGCUGAGUCCAGGAGCUGAUGAGCACCAGGAACAAGAGCAUGGUGGGAAUACAGUGGUCCUGAAGGCUGGAGAGGAAGGAGGCAAGAAAGGGCUUGUACAGAGCGAGCUUGCUCAGGGUGAGCUUGGUCAGGGCGAACUUGCUCUGGGCGAAAUUGCCCCAAGCAAGCCUGCUCAAGAAGAACUUGCUCAAUCCGGUCUUACUCAGGAAGCCACAGGAGUGGUAGAGGAGGGAGAAAACGAAGAAGAAGAAAUGGAAGGAGGACAAGCUGGAGAUGGUAGUUCUGAUCCCAUGGACCAGGGGAUCCCCGCGGAAGGUGGUCAUGGCAGCAGUAUUGAACAGCAGCCUCAGCAAGAGGCAGCAAUGCCUGAGGGCACCAAGAGUCUCCAGGCUGGGGACAGGCAGCCUUUCCAGAGACGCACCAGAUUCACCCAGUCUCAGCUGCGGGACCUAGAGCGUCUUUUCAAAGAGAAUCGCUACCCCAGCUUUCAAGUAAGGAAGGAUCUUGCAAGAUGGAUGGGUGUGCCGGAAGCAGAUGUGCUGGAUUGGUUUAGGACCAGGAGAGUGAAUUUCAAGUGAAGCACUACAGUAUCAAUGCUGUUUGAUGCACCACCUGGUCCCCAGAACAACGAUCCCUGAAGAUUUUGGAGCAGCGCAUGAGUACCACCUCUGUCCAGAGCCAGAUGUCGUGGAGCCUGGCCCUGCCCCCAA